UUGCUUCAUCCUGUAAAUAAUCCCACGAAUCGCAAGGAGAAUACGGAUGCAGUUGGUAUAAAUGUUGCUGUUAAUUCAACAACUGCCAUUCAUGAAAAUCAGAAGGAGUCAGAGCCAGAGUCAGUAGUCACAUGUUUUUUAAGUAAUUAUAGUCAAGUGUUGUUAGCAACGGCAUUAGUGAAAGCUGAAUCACUUAAAGGUGUUGAGAUGACAAUGCGAUGUUUGUUGGAUCAAGGGUCACAAGCUUCGUUUAUUACGGAGUCAGCAGUUCAAGCACUUGGACUGCAGAAGGUUCCAACAAAACUCGUAGUUUCAGGAAUAGGGGGUGAACACAGUUCUUUGCUUAAGUCAAGGUUUGUGGUGUUUAUUAGGUUGCGUUCACUCCACGAUCCCACAUUUUAUGUAGAAGCAAAGGUACACGUCCUCAACAAACUUACAACACUUCAGCCCUUUAAGAAAGUUGUAGUUAAGAUGUGGCCUGAAAUAGGCAAACUUAAACUGGCAGAUCCAAAAUUUGGUGUGCCUAAUAAAAUUGAUCUCUUACUUGGUGCAGAGUUAUUUGCUCAGAUUUUAGAAGAUGGUGUAAUCAAAGGUCCUUCUGGAUUACUUGUAGCACAGAAUACUAGACUGGGGUGGAUCUUAUCUGGUCAAAUUAACUCAACAUGUAUAGAUAGUUUUGAGUCAAAUAAAUGUAACACCAUCUUAAACUUUCAUUUGCAAGUUGAUGAAAAUGAAUUAUUGAAGAAGUUUUGGGAAUUAGAAGCAGAACCAACUGCUAGUACCUGUAAAAUAAUUUUCACUGAAGAGGAGCAAAAAUGUGAAACUAUUUUUGCUAAUACUACAACCCGAAAUGAUUCAGGUAGAUAUAUUGUAAAGCUUCCUUUUCGUGAUAAGGAUCCGAAGUGCCAGUAUGGCAAUUCCAGACACAUUGCUUUGCGACGACUUCACCUUUUAGAAAAAAGAUUGGCAAGGAAUUCAGAUUUAAAAGAAAGAUAUUCUGCCGUUAUUCGUGAAUACAUUGAUCUUAACCAUAUGGAAAUCGUACCAGAGGAAGAAAGGGACAAUCCUUGUGCGGUUUAUUUGCCUCACCAUGCCAUCAUUCGUGAGGAUAAGUCUACAACAAAGCUUAGAGUUGUUUUCGACGCUUCAUGUCCUGGUACCAACGGGAUUUCUCUUAAUCACGAUCUUAUGGUUGGCCCUGUUCUUCAGCCCGAGUUACGACAUUUAGUUAUGCGUUGGCGCGUACGACCCAUAUGCUUAAUAGCAGACAUAGUUAAAAUGUACAGACAAAUAGAGGUUUCCAAAAGUGACAAAGAUUUUCAGCGUAUUUUAUGGCAUGACGAAGAAGGUGAGUUACGCCAUUAUAGGCUACUACGUGUUACUUUUGGAACUGCAUCAGCACCUUAUCUUGCUGUACGUACUCUUCAGCAGUUAGCUUAUGAUGAGGGUAAAGAUAUGAUUUCAGCAGCUGAAAGAGUACUCCAAGACUUCUAUAUGGAUGACCUGAUGAGUGGUUGUGAAACAGUUGAAGAAGGUGUACAAGUGUACAAAGACCUUAAUAAAAUGAUGCAAAAGGGAGGUUUUCAACUUCAAAAAUGGGGAAGUAAUAGUAGAGAAUUAUUAGAAAAAACUGGAGAAGUGGUUAAAAGUCAAAGUGGAAACAUAGAACUAAAUGUUGGAAAAGAAAAUGAAAGUUUCACGAAGGUUUUAGGAUUAUAUUGGAAUAAUGUAACUGACAAUUUUGAGUAUCGUGUUCAGUUACCACAAAUAACAACUCCUGUUACAAAGAGAAAGGUUGUUUCAGAUAUUUCUAGGUUAUUCGAUCCAUUAGGAUGGAUAGCACCAGUAGUAAUUACUGCCAAAAUCUUCAUUCAGAAGAUUUGGAUGUCAGGUAUUGAGUGGGAUCAAGAAUUACCUUCUAAUUUGUUACAGGAGUGGCUUUAUUUUAGGAGUAAACUUUCAUUCAUUACAGGCUUUAGUAUUCCUAGAUGGAUAUUCACCAAUACGAAAGAACUUUUAGAACUACAUGGGUUUUGCGAUGCAUCUAACCAAGCAUACGCCGGAGUAGUAUUCGCUCGAGUUGUAAAAGAAAACGGCGAAGUUCAUGUAAGUUUGAUAGCAUCAAAAACUAAAGUGUCGCCAGUCAAACAAGUCUCCAUUCCACGUUUAGAAUUGUGUGGAGCUGUUUUGCUUUCUAAGCUGUUAUAUGAAGUAGCAAAGACUCUCUGCUUACCACUCAAUAGAGUACGAGCUUGGACGGACUCAACAGUGGUGCUUGCUUGGUUGAGCAGUCACCCGAGCAGAUGGAAGCCUUUUGUGGGUAAUAGAGUAUCUGAGAUUGUCACACAUUUCGGUCGUAAUCAGUGGUCUCAUGUGAAAUCUCAAGAUAACCCCGCUGAUUGUGCUUCUAGGGGUGUGAGUCCGGAAGUUUUAGAAACUUUAUAUUUAUGGAAACAAGGACCUGAUUGGCUGCAUCAGAAAAUAUUAAAACAGAACUCUGUUUGCAAUAAAAAUGUCCAGGAAUGGGAUACUAAUUUAGAACAAAGAUCGAAAUUAUGCUGCGUUGAAGUAUUACAUUUGAAAGAGGAUUAUAUUAUUAAUCGAUUUUCAUCCUUACGGAAACUUAUACGAGUGGUUGCUUGGUGUAGAAGAUUUUUCCUUUAUCGGAAUACUAUAAAACCUCGUUGGUUGACAUCAAAGGAGUUGCAAGAAGCUUUAAAUAUUUGUAUUAAAAAAUGUCAAAAACAAUAUUUUAAUGAUCGUAUUACCGAUAAGAAAGGAAAGUUUUCUUCCCUUAAUCCUUAUAAGGAUGACAAUGGACUUUGGCGAGUUAGCGGUAGACUGCAAUUGGCUCAAAUUGAAAUAGAACGAAAGCAUCCUAUUUUAAUUCCCCGUGCUUCUAACUUGGCUACACUAAUAGUUGCAAAUGCACAUGAGAAAACCUUACAUGGGGGCCCACAAUUAAUGAUUAACUUCAUUCGGUCAAGAUACUGGAUUAUUAAUUUAAAAAACUUAGUAAAAUCUUAUAUACACAAAUGUAUUACUUGCUUGCGCUAUACAUCUAGAGCUAAUAAUCCAAUCAUGGGCCAGUUACCUGCUGCCAGAGUGAGAGCAAGUAGACCAUUUAGUCAUAGCGGAGUAGAUUACGCUGGUCCAGUUGCAAUAAAAAUAGGAAAAGGCAGAGGAUAUCGGUCUACAAAGGGAUAUAUAUGUCUCUUUAUUUGCAUGGCAACUAGAGCUGUGCACCUCGAAUUAGUAAGUGAUCUUACUUCUGAAGCUUUCAUUGCAGCGUUUAAACGGUUUGUCUCCAGACGUGGACAUUGUUCCGAUUUAUGGAGUGACAACGCUACUACAUUCGUAGGUGCGGAUCGAAUAUUACAAGUCCUCCUAACAGAAGAAAGGUCCAGUGUGGCUGUUGAUAUUGCUGAUUGGCUCGCUAAUAAUGGAACUUACUGGCACAGAAUUCCACCCUAUAGUCCUAAUUUUGGAGGUCUAUGGGAAGCAGGUAUUAAGUCUACAAAAAGCCACCUCAAAAGAGUGAUAGGCAACUCUUUGUUGACAUUUGAAGAAUUUAGUACAGUGUUGUCUCAAAUCGAGGCUUGUCUGAACUCGAGGCCAAUAUCAAGAAUAAAUAAUAACAUGGAUGAUCCAUUCCCUCUCACACCGGGACAUUUCUUGGUUGGGGAACCAUUGGUUCUCGUUCCAGAUGAAAAUUAUUUAACUUCUAAUAUAAAUUCGCUUAAACGUUGGCAGAUCACCCAACGUAUGGUGCAAACUUUUUGGAAGCGAUGGUCUCGUGAAUAUCUCACACAAUUUUUACAACGCCAUAAGUGGAAAGGGCAUACUCCUGACCCAAAAAUCGGAGAUGUUGUACUGGUGAAGGAGGACGAUCUUCCUCCGGCUAGGUGGCUCUAUGGGAUAAUUAUAGCAAAACAUCCUGGUUUUGAUGGAGUUACCCGUGUGGUGUCUUUACGAUGCAAAGGUGUUACUAUUAAAAGACCAGUAUCAAAAAUUUGUGUUUUGCCUAUUACUGAAUGA